UGCAGGGUGUUGUGUGUUCGGUGUUGUUUAUCAAUAUAAUUUACUUGAAUUGCUGUUUUUAUUAGUUCUUACAUUUUCGAUCUUAUUCCAAUGAAAAAGCUGUCACAAGAUGGAAUUAGAACAUAUCCUAGGCAUCCAGGUUUUAUUUCUAGGCGGUAUCACUGCCGGACAUCAUUCUUUAAACAUGGACAUUGCUACAAUUAUGAAAUAUGUGGUCUUGUUGGCCCGCUACACGGCUUACCUACUCUCCAGCCAGUUCCUCGAGCUCGGCAUCCACACAAUCUACACCGCCUUCCAAACUAGACAGUUUCCGGAGCUCCACUGGAAAGACAAAUACAAGAACGCUGUCUAUGCCUUCGGAGUGUCCACAGCUGUGCUAGCGGUGAACAGUCAGUUGGUGCUCAACAUGGACUUGGUUUUGAUACUGAUAGCUUGCUCAAUCAGCAGAUAUAUUGAAGCAAAACGUCGCUCAGCAACGAUAUCGUACGGAGAAGGGAUGGCGUGCAGCUUCGCCGAGGGCUACCUGUACCAGGUGAUCCCUAGCGAUGGAGCCAGAUUCUACGGGCUAAACGAACAAAUCCGCGAAGCCGAGGCUGACCAACGGGUUAUCUUCCCGGUCCGGAGGCUCUUCAUAGUGAUCACCAAGUCUCUGUUCUGCCCGCCCAACCUGGAGCACUUUAACAAGAACGACCCAAUGCAACCGAGCAUGGAAGCCUGCAGAAGUCUGUCUGACGUGCAAAAAGAUGUCGCGGGAGUACGAGAUCGUGUGUACAGGAAUACUACAUACAAGAUUCGCCGGCACCCCGACGACCAUAAGCCAGUGUACGUGGUGGCAGAAUGCGCGACGCCUCUCCACACUCUUUGGAAAGUGCUACAACGACGCACAGUCUAUCAGCGUCUAGCGGACGCAGAUGGCGCCGAGAUAACCGAAGAGUUCUGCGCCACUCUGCCCACCAUAGUAGCCAAUAGCCCGGAACUGCGAGGCAGGGUCGAGAUGAUCUACUUCGACGAUACGAAUCCUGAUGAAAACUUAGCCGAAGUUCUGCUGGCGAAGAUUCGUGAAAUUGAACCCGAUUUCGAAAACAUUACCAGGAACGAGUAACUGUAUUAUAAAAAAAUUAAAAGUGGCCACAUCUUAGUUUCGUCUCGUUUCCUCACACAAAUUGAUUUGAAAGAGGCAUCACUGCAAUGUUCCACUUUUGAAUUUCCAGUCUUUUUUUGCUAGACUAUAAUUACUACAUUUGUAAGGGCAACGACAACAAUGACUGGUUUUUAAGACUGACAAGUGUUAGCCUAAGAAACAUCAUAACAUAUUGUGCCAAAUGAAGAUCAGUCAAUAGAUAUGUGAAAAAUAUCAAUUAGUUGUUAAGAAUCGUCCUGAAAAAAUCCGUGCCAAUGAUAAUUAUACGUUUAGUACGUACACGUAACAGGCAGACGGAAUAAAAAAAAACAUUUUAAGUUGUUGAAAUAUUUUUAUUGAUUUAGUAUUUCAUUGUGAAAUUUUGGUUUGAAAAUUUAUUUUUUUUAAACAGAUUUUGAUAUCCAUGUAAAAGUUGAACGCUUUAAUUUUUUGACAUUAAUUAUGAAAAAAUGUUUCGUUAAUGAAUGACAAAUGAUUGAUUAGUGUUUAAGUAUAAGUCAUUGUACCAAUUUUUUUGUACUUUUACAUAGUGAACUGAGAAGAAUCACGGUUUUUAAGUACAAUAUUUUUGAAGUAAUUUAUAUUUGAUAGGUUUUUGGAAAAGUGAAUUUGAAAUAUUGUUAUUAAGGUAAAUCAGUAAUUGUGAUCACUUCGGCAAAUUAGGAGGCCUACUUAUUAUUGUGUUAAUCGCAUGAGGCUCGUUGAACCAUCUUUGACGUCACAAAGUUUGGCAGUGCCUUAUAGUUAUAGCAAUUAUUUUUAUAAAAGGCUCAAUAACAUCUCAUCGAAAUACUUCAAUCAAUCAAUCAAUCAAUCAAUAUUUAUUUGCAAAAAUGUAGUGUUACAGUGAGUUCUUAAGUGUAAGUAUACAAAAAGUGCGUACAUUCUACUUGAAGAAGCAUGCAAAUUUUACUUAUAAGCUACUUAAUUAAGCUAUUCUAAUAGCGUAUGCUAAAAGUUAUUUAACAGACCAAAAAUUAUAAGGAUUUAAGUAACUGCUGCAAAAUAAUAAAUUAAUAAUUAAUACUCAUUACAUUAGACAUUAAAAAAAAUUACAAAUUAUUUACACAUUGCAUAUUCUCACUUAGCUACAGAACGGGCUGCCUCGCGAGGCAACACUGUCGGAGAUAUGCCUCCCCCGAGGCAAUAUGUCAAAAAUCACAAAUGUUUUCAGCGCGAGGCUUGUAGAACACGGUAUCGACAUCGAUUACGAAGUGGCGGUGUAAACACCCCCUUAUAGUAGUCAUGUUACCAUCAUGUUACUUUUAUGGAUAAGUCAGUUUUUCAAAGAAUAUUAUGUAAGAUUGGAAGUUUUAAUAAUUUCGGAUUAAAUCCGGCUAGUCUUUAAGAUUGAAGUGGAUUCGUCGAAUUGAAUUUGUUUUUUUUUCUUAAAACCUGACCAGGAAUAUACAGGGUGCUCGGUAAUUAAUGGACAACCUUUUAACCACCAAGAGGGCACCUUAUCCUGAUCCAGAAAAUCGAAAUUAAGGUUUAGUAAAAGUCGCCUGGUUUUCGAGAUUUUCACACUUUAAAAUUUUAAUACUA